CCACAAAUUGGGGCGGACCGUCACUCCUCGCCAAUCACACUCCGCAACAAAUACGAUCUGACUUCAAAUGCGGGGUUCUUUCAACUGAUGCCUAGGUACUAGAUCAGUGGCGGGGGUGAUAUCCGGGAUUCCGUUGAAUUGGCUUCUCGUUUUUCUGGCACUUGGCCGAUCAUGUUCUCUGGAUGCAAAAGGAAAAGAGGGGUUCGGUGGAUGACGAUGUGACUCGCCUUCAGCUUGUGCCUCGGUUACGGCUACUUGCGACUUUCAUUGCUUCUUUUGAAUCAACUAUCGACACCAUAAUGUGAAGUGCAUUUCUUGGCCCGUCUCAGCGAUGAUCCAUCAGGAUGAUCCCAGUUCAUUUAGCGCGUCGACUGGGUUCCCCAGUGAUAAAGAGAUGCUGCGCCUUUGAUCUGCAGCUUCUGAGUCUCGCUCCUCGCACCCUUCAUCGUCCCCCCUUCCUCUGCGUACAACACCGAAGAUACCAGUAUACUACGAAGAUGAUUAUGUCUGCGGGUGAUACCAAUGGCAAUGGCAGUACAGCUGUGCCGGAGAUCCCUGCAAAGCAGAGGGCUGCCAUCUAUGACCAGCCCGGCACUGUCUCCACCAAAGUCGUAGAGAUAGAUGUGCCCGAGCCUGGUGUGGGUGAGGUCUUGAUCAAUCUAACCCAUUCAGGCGUCUGCCAUUCUGACCUUGGAGUAAUGACCAACACCUGGAGUUCUCUACCCUAUCCCACACAGCCAGGUCAAGUUGGUGGCCACGAAGGUGUCGGUAAGAUCGUCAAGCUAGGCCCUGGAGCCGAGUCUUCGGGCCUGAAGGUCGGCGAUAGGGUAGGCAUCAAAUGGGUUUCCAGCGUCUGCAAGAGCUGCGAACCAUGCCAUGCAGGCGCCGACGGCAUCUGCUUCAACCAAAAGGUAUCCGGAUACUACACCCCCGGCACAUUCCAGCAAUACGCCCUAGGCCCCGCCAACUACGUGACACCGAUCCCGGACGGCCUCGCAUCCGACGAAGCCGCGCCGAUGCUCUGCGCCGGCGUGACCGUCUACGCAGCCCUGAAGCGCAGCAACGCCCGACCAGGCCAAUGGGUGGUGAUCUCCGGCGCCGGCGGCGGCCUCGGCCAUAUAGCCGUGCAACUAGCCAGCAAAGGCAUGGGACUGCGCGUGAUCGGAAUCGACCACGGCAGCAAAGAAGAACUCGUGAAGGCCUCCGGAGCUGAACACUUCGUCGACAUCACCAAGUUCCCCUCCGACGACAAGGGCCAAGCCAUCGCCGCGCACGUCAAAUCCCUCGCUGGGGGUCUAGGCGCUCACGCCGUGAUCGUCUGCACCGCAGCCAACGCAGCCUAUGCCCAGGCCGUACCAUUCCUGCGCUUCAACGGCACCCUCGUGUGCGUGGGAAUCCCCGAGAACGACCCGCAACCGAUCGCGACCGCGUUUCCUGGCCAGAUGAUCAAGCAGCAUUAUACGAUUACCGGAUCGGCGGUGGGGACGCAGCGAGAUGCGAUCGAGACGUUGGAUUUCGCGGCGCGAGGGAUCAUCAAGGCCCAUUUCCGGACGGAGAAGAUGGAUGCUUUGACGGGCGUGUUCGAGGAGAUGAGUCAGGGGAAGUUGCAGGGUAGGGUUGUUCUCGAUUUGUCUUGACGUGAUGUCUGUGGUUGCUUUGUGUUGGUCUAUUUUAGGAGUAAGCUGGUCAGUCAAUGAAUGGAAGUUCAAUCAAAUAUAUUUUCAACGAAA